UGCAAAACAGACGUUUCCCAGACGGCGCCAAAAACAACGUGAAAGUGAUCAUAGUGAUCGGGAAGGCAGCAGACAGCAGCUCAUCUCUAUUACUAGUCCCUUUUUUCUCCAAGAUAGUAAAAACAGAGAUCAACGAUGAACAUAACCGAGGUUGUGACGGCAUUCACUGAGAAUAUGACGUCAGAAUAUGAUUAUGAUGAAUCAUCCACAACUAUGGGUGAUUAUGAGGAUGGGUCAGUGUGUGACAGAUCGGCAGUGCGACAGUUUCGAAGCUACUAUGAACCUGCUUUCUAUUGGAUAAUUGUCAUUCUGGGAGCCAUUGGCAACUUUCUGGUGGUCUGGAUAUACACAUACUUCGCAAACCGCUUGAAGGCUAUGACGGACGUUUAUCUACUGAACCUGGCUCUGGCAGAUAUGUUCUUCCUCUGCACUCUGCCCUUCUGGGCCGCCGAUUCCAUCUACGGCUGGACCUUUGGCUUGGCUCUCUGCAAAAUCGUCUCUGCCAUUUACAAAAUCAACUUCUUCAGCAGCAUGUUUUUACUUACCUGCAUCAGCGUCGACCGCUACAUUGUGAUUGUCCAGACUACCAAGGCUCAAAACUCCAAGAGGGUCCGUCUCUUGUACAGCAAGCUCAUUUGUGUGUUAGUCUGGAUCCUGGCGGCCUUGUUGUCCAUUCCAGAGUUUCUCUUUGCCCGUUCGAAAGAAGAUGACGAGGGCAAUCACUUUUGCACCAUGGUCUACUGGAACAAUGAAAACAACCGUACUAAAAUACUGGUCCUGGUUCUCCAGAUCUGCAUGGGCUUCUGCAUCCCUCUCAUAGUGAUGAUCUUCUGCUAUACCAACAUCAUCCGCACCUUGCUCAAGACGAGAAACUUCCAGAAGCACAAGGCCCUGCGGGUCAUCAUGGCAGUUGUGGCGGUGUUUGUUAUCUCUCAGCUCCCGUACAAUGGCAUGUUGGUCUUGGAAGCCAGUCAGGCAGCCAAUACGACAAUUACAAACUGCGAAGAGGUCCAGCGCUUUGACAUCACCGGACAAGUUUUGAAAAGCCUCGCCUACAUGCACAGCUGCCUAAACCCGUUCCUUUACGCCUUCGUUGGAGUGCGUUUCCGAAAAGAUGUGAUUCGAAUUUUCCACAAUCUCGGCUGUCGUUCAACCAUGAAGAACUCCAAGGUGUUGUUGGGAAGCCAUCCCCGCCAAUCUGUCAUGUCGGACACAGACACCACCAAUGCGCUGUCAUUGUGAACAGGGUCAGAUCACUGUCAGUGAGGUUUGCUUAGCAAAAGCUUCUGUUUUGCUGCAGGUGCUUGGCAUCUGAGUUUCAAAACAGAAGUUCGAGGUUCCAUAAGAGCUCUUUGCAUGCUUGAAAACAUGCUGCAUGGUGGAGGGCUGAAGUUACCUGCUCACCACAAUGAGAUGGCUGCAACUUUGAAUAUUGCAUAACAAGAGUUUUCUCUGUUUGACUGGGCCAUUAAAAUGAAAGUCAAAUCCUGAUCAAAUAAUUGUGUACUGUAUUAA